CCGGCGGGAUGGACGCGAAGCCCCGCACGUCCCCUAAGUCCGUCAAGUUCCUGUUUGGGGGCCUGGCCGGGAUGGGAGCUACAGUGUUUGUGCAGCCGCUCGAUCUGGUGAAGAACCGGAUGCAGCUGAGUGGGGAAGGAGCCAAGACACGAGAGUACAAAACCAGCUUCCAUGCCCUCACCAGCAUCCUGAGGGCAGAAGGGCUAAGGGGCAUUUACACUGGGCUGUCGGCUGGCCUGCUGCGCCAGGCCACCUACACCACUACCCGCCUUGGCAUCUACACGGUGCUGUUUGAGCGCCUGACUGGGGCUGAUGGCACACCUCCUGGCUUUCUGUUGAAGGCCCUGAUUGGCAUGACUGCAGGUGCGACUGGUGCCUUUGUGGGAACACCAGCUGAGGUGGCUCUUAUUCGCAUGACCGCCGACGGCCGGCUUCCCCCUGACCAGCGCCGUGGCUACAAAAACGUGUUUAAUGCCCUGAUUCGAAUCACCCGGGAGGAGGGGGUCCCCACGCUGUGGAGGGGCUGCAUCCCUACCAUGGCUCGCGCUGUUGUGGUCAACGCCGCCCAGCUCGCCUCCUACUCCCAGUCCAAGCAGUUCUUACUGGACUCAGGCUACUUCUCCGACAACAUCCUGUGCCACUUCUGCGCCAGCAUGAUCAGCGGCUUGGUCACCACUGCCGCCUCCAUGCCCGUGGACAUCGCUAAGACCCGGAUCCAGAACAUGAGGAUGAUUGACGGGAAGCCGGAGUACAAGAACGGGCUGGACGUGCUGGUGAAGGUUGUGCGUUACGAGGGUUUCUUCAGCCUCUGGAAGGGCUUCACGCCGUACUACGCCCGCCUGGGCCCCCACACCGUCCUCACCUUCAUCUUCUUGGAGCAGAUGAACAAGGCCUACAAGCGUCUCUUCCUCAGUGGCUGAGUGUGGUUCCCUCCUCUGCGGUAAAGGACUCCGGUCUGUCCUACCCCUGCGCCGCCUUGCCGUCCUUGUCCUGACCUCGACCUCUCUGCCCCUGGCUAUGCCCGCGGGGAGAGCUGGGAAACUGCCUGAAGAUUUCCGGUCUCCUCUUGGGCGUUAGUUGCAGGACACGUAGGGCAGCGGAAGAUCUCCCUUCUCGGGCAAACCAAGGCAGGGCAGAGGGGACCGGAGACGGCAGAAGCCGUCAGGAUGGCCAGAAGGUCUGCAGCGGGAGUCUGUGACCCUCCCUCCACCUCACUUAGGACGCGAUCAAUAAAUUGGAUUGAUGACACCA